AGGAUCGCUCCUUCCUUCGCGAUUUGUUUCUGUGAAUUUUGGCUGUUCUUCUUGGGGACCCAAUCUUUUCAAUGUGCCGAGUAUACUCAAGACAAUUAUUGUGACUCUUUCUCGAGAAGUUCUAUCCCUGUCAUAGCAGGUUGGUUGAGGGGGAAGGUCUUCUUCUUGCGGAUCCAUUAUUGAUCUUCUUCUCUGAUUAAAAGUUCAAGUGAAGGGAUGAGCGGUGCUGUACUUGUCGCUGUUGCUGCUGCUAUCGGUAAUUUACUGCAAGGAUGGGAUAAUGCGACCAUUGCAGGAUCUAUUUUGUACAUAAAGAGAGAGAUGAAAUUAGAAAGUGAACCCACAGUUGAAGGUCUAAUUGUGGCCAUGUCGCUUAUUGGAGCGACCCUGGUUACAACAUUCUCAGGAGCCCUAUCUGAUUCACUGGGCCGACGUCCUAUGUUGAUUAUUUCAGCUGUCCUUUAUUUUGUUAGUUCUCUUGUGAUGUUGUGGUCUCCAAAUGUUUAUAUCCUCCUCUUAGCAAGGCUUUUAGAUGGAUUUGGAGUUGGUUUGGCUGUUACCUUGGUACCUCUGUACAUAUCUGAGACAGCUCCACCUGAGAUUAGGGGAUUACUGAAUACUCUUCCACAGUUCACUGGUUCUGCUGGAAUGUUUUUCUCCUACUGUAUGGUGUUUGGGAUGUCACUAAUGAAUAACCCUAGCUGGAGGCUUAUGUUGGGUGUUCUGUCGAUUCCCUCCCUUGUCUAUUUUGUACUAUCUGUGUUCUUCUUGCCCGAGUCUCCAAGAUGGCUUGUGAGUAAAGGACGGAUGCUGGAGGCCAAGAAGGUUCUACAGCGACUCCGUGGCAGGGAAGAUGUUGCUGGUGAGAUGGCUUUGUUGGUCGAGGGUCUUGGAGUUGGAGGUGAUACAGCUAUAGAAGAGUACAUGAUUGGUCCAGCUAAUGAACUCACCGAUGAAGAGGAUCCAUCUGCUGGUAAAGACCAGAUUAAGCUGUAUGGGCCUGAACAGGGCCUCUCGUGGGUCGCCAAACCUGUCGCUGGAAAUGCUGCUAGUCUUGUAUCUCGACAGGGAAGCAUGGCAAAUCAGAGUGGUCUUGUAGAUCCUCUAGUGACCCUUUUUGGUAGUAUCCAUGAGAAACUUCCAGAAACAGGAAGCAUGCGCAGCACCCUUUUUCCACACUUUGGCAGUAUGUUUAGCGUUGGGGGGAAUCAACCAAGGAAUGAAGAUUGGGAAGAAGAAAGCCUUGCCAGAGAAGGUGAGGAUUAUGCAUCUGAUACUGGUGGUGGUGAUUCUGAUGACAAUUUGCAGAGUCCAUUGAUCUCACGUCAAACAACCAGUCUGGAUAAGGACAUGCCUCCACCUGCUCAUGGCAUUCUUUCAAGCAUGAGGCAAGGUAGUCUUUUGCAAGGAAAUGCUGGGGAACCUGCUGGAAGCAUGGGGAUUGGUGGUGGUUGGCAACUAGCAUGGAAAUGGUCUGAAAGAGAAGGCACAGAUGGACAGAGGGAAGGUGGUUUCAAGAGAAUAUACUUGCACCAAGAGGGUGGUCCUGGAUCUAGGCGUGGGUCCUUGGUUUCACUUCCUGGUGGUGAUCUUCCAGCAGAUGGUGAAGUUAUUCAAGCUGCUGCUUUGGUGAGUCAGCCAACCCUUUAUAAGAAGGAGCUUUUGAAUCAGCAACCAGUUGGACCAGCUAUGGUUCACCCGUCUGAAACAGCUGCAAAAGGACCAAGUUGGAGUGAUCUUUUUGAACCUGGGGUAAAGCAUGCAUUGAUUGUGGGGGUGGGGAUUCAAAUUCUCCAGCAGUUCUCUGGCAUAAAUGGGGUUCUCUACUAUACACCUCAAAUUCUUGAGCAGGCGGGUGUUGGCUUUCUUCUAUCGAACCUGGGCCUUAGCUCGACUUCUGCAUCUUUUCUUAUUAGUGCUGUCACAACCUUGUUGAUGCUUCCUUGUAUAGCAGUUGCUAUGCGGCUCAUGGAUAUCUCUGGCAGGAGGGCUUUGCUGCUCAGUACACUUCCUAUCUUGAUAGUCUCUCUUCUCAUAUUAGUCACAGGGAGUCUCGUGAAUUUGGGCAGUACUGUGAAUGCAUCAAUCUCAACCAUCAGCGUUGUUGUCUACUUCUGUUGCUUUGUCAUGGGAUUUGGGCCAAUUCCUAAUAUCCUUUGUGCAGAGAUCUUCCCCACUCGGGUCCGUGGUCUCUGCAUUGCCAUCUGUGCACUUACAUUUUGGAUUGGUGAUAUCAUUGUCACGUACUCGCUGCCAGUUAUGCUCAAUUCUGUUGGCCUUGCUGGUGUUUUUGGUAUUUAUGCAGUCGUUUGCCUCAUAGCUUGGGCAUUUGUCUUUAUGAAAGUUCCAGAAACUAAGGGCAUGCCGCUAGAAGUCAUCAUUGAGUUCUUCUCUGUGGGAGCCAAGCAGGCUGACGCUGCCAAGAAUAACUGACCUGGGGCCCCUGAUUACUGAUAUUUUUUACGGUUCCCUUUUUUACAUUAAUCUACGGUUUUGUUUGAAUGUUUGCUCUCAAUAGUCAUUUUCUUUUAUGUUUCUUUUUCCGUUUUUGUGGGUUGAAACGUGCUGUUUCUGCAGAAACAUUAAUUUUCCUGGUUCAUUUAUCGCAUUUGACAUGCCUUUCACUUUUCCGUUUCUUCAAGUCUUGAGUUAUUUGAUUCCUAGCCACCUGUAUAAAAAUGAUUUUGUUAGAAGCAAGGGCAUUUAUGUGAUCUCUCUGAUUUAAAAGGGAUAA